AUGAUUGUCUUUGCUGGCUGGGCAGAUCCAAAUAUUGCGCCUAAAGGGACACUCAAGCACGUUGAAGCUCACGCCGAGGGUACCCUCGGAAAAGGGCACACGAUCGCAGAGAACGAUUUCGUGAAGCUGGUCAUGAUACCCGGAGGGGGGCAUUGCGGUUCAAACAUCGCCAAAUACCCUUCCGUCCCCACAAAGUAUGACUUCUCUCCUGCCAUUGCCGGAUGGGUAGAAACAGGAUCGGCUCCAUUAAAAGGCAUUCGAAGCUGGGAUCCUAUAGACGGAAACCUGAGGUCUCGAAGGCUCUGCACUUGGCCGAGGUUGCUAAGUACGAUGGGAAAGGGGACGUGGACGAUUGGAAGAGCUACUUCUCUGCACCGAAUGACAAAGCUCUUCAAAGUCUAA